AUGGCCGAAUCACAGUUGAUAUGCAUGGACGACGAACAUGUUAAUGAAAAAAUACCGGAGUCCAAACCUGAGUUUUACUACAGCGAGGAGCAGCGAGCUGCGCUCGAGCAGCUCUUGAAAAACGGCGAUGGCGCGUUUAAGAUGCAACUUAAAGAUGACAAUGCCAAAGAUUUCCUCUCUGCAAAAGAAAUUACAUGGUUUCGAGACACUUUCCAAGAAUAUGAGAAGGAAAGCGACUCAGAGAGUUGUGUGUCGCCGUCUCCUCAUGACUCGAAUACGGAUUCUGGAGUCCACUCUACCUACUGGCCGGCCAUGUCCGACACCGAGGUCCCCCCGUUAGACCUUGGCUGGCCGCCCACUGGAUUUUAUAAAGGGGUAACGCGAGUAUCCGUUUAUACACACCCCCCCAAAGAGAACAGUCCCCACAUCAAAGAGGUGGUUCGGCGACUUAUCCAAGAAUCCUACAAGGUUGUGGCAGUGGUUAUGGAUCUCCUGACAGACUUGCAGAUCCUGCAGGAUCUUCUGGAUGCUACAUCCAAGCGUGGGGUCGCUGUCUACAUCUUGUUGGAUGACACUGGUGUUCCUCACUUCCUAGACAUGUGCAAUCGCCUCCAGAUCACUGCUCAGCAUCUCCGGAAUCUGCGUGUUCGGAGUCUGCGGGGCUCAGGAUUAGCGCUCUCCUUUGGCAAACUCCCAGGAUCCCUCUGCUCAAAGUACAUGCUGGUGGACGGUGAAAAAGUCAUGUUUGGUUCUUACAGCUUUACCUGGAGCUCCUCUCGAAUGAACCGGAAUACGAUCACAGUCAUGUCUGGUCAGGUGGUGGACUUCUAUGACAACGACUUCAGGGAACUGUACGCUGUGUCUAAUAAAGUUGACCUGUACAGGGAAUUCAACAUCAGUAAGCCUCCCAUGGCUGUGCCCAAGCUGAAAACACCAGCCUCGAGUGCCAAGUCUCCAGAGGUGUCCCGUUUCCAGGUCUCUGUGGGUGACUCCAAAAAGACUGACUUUAAGGUACCUGCCCACAAGUACCACAACCCCAAGUAUGCUCUUGUGGUGGGGAGUGGCAUGCCUUACAGUGGGUCUUUGCAAGACCUCUCUGUGCUGAGGGAAAACAUGAGACAGAACUCAGCGGAGAUUGUGAAGAACCUCCUCCAGGCCAACGGGGGCAGUAAUGUGCAGUCAAAUGGUGUUUUGCCUCAGGCGGACGCUUCCACUGUGGAUACAGAGGAAGACAAGGGAGAAUCAAAGAAACCUGCCUUUGGACUUAAGAAACAACGCAGCUCCUUCCGUAACUUCCUGAAAUCCAGGUCGCCCAAUCAGAUCCAAGAAGCAAAGACAGCAAAUCAUAGCCCAGAUUCCAAGGCAACCAAUCAGAACCAAGACGCAAAGAAAGUGAAUAACAGCCCAGAUUCUAACGGAACCAACCAGAAUCAGAAUACAAAGAAACCAACUCAUGGCCCGGAUUCUAACACAACCAGUCUGAGGCCUGAUACAACAACAGUUAAUCAUAGCAAAGACACUAAAAAUGAAGAAAAGGCAGUAAUCAAUAAGCACCUCUCCACUCAGAAAAUCUCAGAGGACGACAACACGUCUGAGGUUGAGGACUCGUUUGAUUUAACUGAGAAGCCGCUAGCAGUGAAAUUCCAUGCCAAAAAGUCCAAAUUGGGCCAAAGGAGUUUGUCUCUUCAGGCUAUCAACACCGAUACGGAGAAUGGUGCGAGAGGACGCAGGAAGACGUCGAAGAAGAAUUGUGUUCAGUCAUGA